GCAACCGUGAGCACGAACGGCAGAGUUUUCCCUACUCGAUCUCAUACAGGCGGAAAAAAGCGAACGCAAUGGACAUCGCAAGAAGAAGUAGAUAGAAAAGAACGCGCCGCGCCCAAUCCAAUCAAAAUUCGUUGCUCCGCGUUUUGAGAAACAUUAAAACUUGAGAUAAACGAACCACAAAGGAUGGAAUUGAAUGCAGACCAAGUGUGAAUUAGGUGGAAAAAGAAUUUGGCGACGAGUCGAUAGUGGUUUGGUGUAGUUUGUGUACGGACGGGGAACAAGGCGACUUUCCUUUCGUGCGAGAUCCGACUAGUCCUCGCGCGCGCCUGUGAAAACCCCUGACAGUGUGUGCGUGUCGUGUUGACGCAGAUGUGCAAUUUGUCCUUUCAAAAUAGUUUUGUGAUCCCGAGGAACGUGCAAGUUUCAGACCAAGUCCGGAGUGCGUCUCGCCCGCCGCUGUGGCCCAUUUGGAAUUAACAGAAGGAACUCAACGAUAGAAGCCAACCCGCAUCGCAUUUCGUCACUUUUAGCGACAGACAAUACGCUAAUAACGUUUUGCUCUAAAAAGCAUAUUAAGUGGAAUAAAUCAUCAUCAGAAAGAUUACACAUUAGAAUCGACAUCAUGUUGCGGCAAUCAUUACUUCUGGUUGUCGUCACGUUGACGGCAACAUUCAUAAAUGCUCACAAUUCACCACCUCACAUCACGAAACAACCGCCAACAGAUGAAAUGCUUUUCAAAGUUGCCCAGCUUACAAAAGAAAGUGAUAGUCCAUUUACGAUCGAAUGUGAAGCAGAAGGUCAACCAGAUCCAUCAUAUCGAUGGAUCAAAAACGGCAAACGUUUCGAUUGGCAAGCGUAUGACAAUCGUAUGUCUCAGCAGCCUGGACGAGGUACGCUGCUCAUUUCAUACCCAAAAGAUGAAGACAUGGGACAAUAUCAGUGCUUUGCUGAGAACGAAUUCGGUAUAGCCACUUCAAAUUCAGUGUUCGUUAGGAAAGCCGAAUUGAAUAACUUUAAAGACGAAGCUACGCGAACAGUGGAAGCAAAUGAAGGAGAACCCUUCCAAUUGCAAUGUCAACCGCCGGAUGGUUGGCCCAAACCAAAUGUUCACUGGUUAAUCCAAAGCAUCGACGGUAGCAUUAAAAGUAUAAACAACUCACGUAUGACUUUAGAUCCAGAAGGCAAUUUAUGGUUUUCGAAUGUUACAAGAAACGAUCAAUCAGAAGAUUUUUACUACGCAUGUGCCGCAACAUCUGUAUUCCGAAAUGAGUAUAAAUUGGGCAAUCGUGUCUUGCUAAACGUUGUUCAAACAGGCAUCAGUGCAGCUCAAAACAAAUACCAACCAGUUAAACAAUAUGUUACCAGAAAGAAUGAAGUCGCUCUUAGAGGAAAACGAGUGGAAAUGUAUUGCAUAUACGGAGGAACCCCGUUACCACAAACGGUCUGGAGUAAAGACGGUCAGCCAAUACCUUGGAGCGAUCGAAUCACACAAGGAAACUACGGAAAAAGUUUGGUAAUUCGACACGCUAUCUUUGAAGAUGCUGGUGCCUACACUUGUGAUGUCUCUAACGGUGUUGGAAAUGCUCAAUCUUAUUCGAUAAACCUGAAAAUUUUGGCAACACCUUACUUCACAGUCGAACCAGAAAUUCAGAAUGCAGCUGAGGACGAAAGUAUAGAAUUUAGAUGUGAAGCAUCUGGUGUUCCGGAGCCAACAAUUAAAUGGAUUUUCAAUGGAAAGCCAAUUUCAGAGGCGCCACACAACCCAAGAAGAACUGUUCACACGAACAGCAUCGUUAUCAAAGACCUAUUGAAGACAGAUACUGGCAAUUAUGGCUGUAACGCAACCAACUCUCUUGGAUAUGUCUACAAAGAUGUAUAUUUGAACGUGUUGGCGCUACCACCAGAAAUUCGUGAAGCUCCACGCAGAGAGUCCACUGUCGAUCGACGAAACGUUACACUAACAUGCCGCGUGUUCGGUGCUCCAAAACCAGAAGUUAAAUGGAUUCGUAAUGGGCUAGAAUUAACUGGCGGCCGAUAUAAAACUCUUGAAUCGGGUGACUUGCAGAUCAUAAAUGUAGGAUAUGCGGACGCAGGCGAGUAUACUUGCUAUGCUUUCAACAAGUUCGGAACAAUUGACGCGAAUGGUACGCUGGUAGUGAAAGAGCAUACAAGGAUUACAGAUGGACCGCAGGACUACGAAGUGACGGCUGGAAAUUCGGCUACAUUCCGUUGUAACGCUGUUGCUGAUUCAUCUUUGGAAUUGAAAAUUGAAUGGUGGAAAGACGGCCAACCAAUCGAAUUUGAUAAGGAAGCCCGUUUCGUUCAAACUAAUGACAACUCUUUGACUAUCACUAAAACUAUGGAACUUGAUUCAGGUGACUACACAUGCGUGGCUAAAACAGAGCUUGACGAAACGCAAAUGCAAGCUCAUCUUAUAGUCCAAGAUGUUCCGAAUGCGCCAGCCUUGAAAUCUGUUGAGUGCAAUACUGACUAUGCUGUGAUUACUUGGGAACCUAAAGGUGACAACAGAUCUCCAAUUCUCCAUUAUACUCUCCAAUACAAUACCUCUUUCACACCCGAUACCUGGGAAAAUGCUUUUGAGAAGGUACCCGCAACGGAUUCUACGUUUCAAAUACCCAUGGGUCCUUGGGCCAAUUAUACAUUCCGUGUUAUUGCAUACAAUAAAAUUGGACCCUCUCCACCAUCGAAACAUGGCUCUGUAUGUACUACAGCUCCUGAUGUUCCAUACAAAAAUCCAGAUAACGUAGAAGGAAAAGGCACAGAACCAAACAAUUUAGUAAUCUCAUGGACUCCAAUGCCAGAAAUUGAACAUAAUGCCCCGAACUUUGAAUACCGUGUUUCAUGGAAACGCGAUAUUCCUGGAGCAAAUUGGGAAAAUCAAGACAUUUAUGACUGGAAACAAUCGAGUUUACUUAUUCCGGAUCAACCGACAUUUUCGCGAUAUGUAAUAAAGGUCCUGGCUAUUAAUGAAAUGGGAGAAUCAAAUGUGCCACCCAAGGAAGUUUUCGGUUAUUCUGGAGAAGAUGUGCCAACGGACGCCCCAACUAACUUCUCUAUGAUACAAGUUACAAGUAGUACUUCGGCUGUUUUAAGUUGGAAUCCAGUUUCGAAUACGAGCUUGCGUGGCCACUUUAAGGGUUACAAAAUUGAAACAUGGACUGAAGAAGAAGGCGAAGAUCAUUUCCACGAAGUUCAUGUUCGCCCCGAUUCAACCCAAGCUUUGGUGACAACAUUCAAACCUAACUCUAAAAAUUAUGCCCGCAUACUUGCCUACAACAGUCGCUUUAGUGGACCGCCAAGUGCCACAAUUGAUUUCGAUACACCAGAAGGUGUUCCAUCAGCUGUUCAAUCGUUCGAAGCAUAUCCGUUGGGGUCUUCAGCCUUCCUCCUGACUUGGAAGAAACCCUUGCAGCCAAAUGGAAAACUAACAGGAUACAAAAUUUAUCAUCAAGAAGUGAAGGGAACCUAUCUCGAACCGAAAAUCGAAAGAGAACCUCAUAUUGCUGAUCCAAGGGUGACGCGAGCCAAACUUGCUGGAUUAAAACCAGAUACUAAAUACCGAGUUCACAUCACUGCCACAACCAAGAUGGGAGAGGGCCGGGAAUACUUUAUCGAACAAAAGACUUUAUCAAGCCUUGCUGUACCUCCUGAUACACCCACAUUCACCUGGGAGCAAAUACCUUCGGACAAUGGAUAUGCAGCUAUUAAAGUAAACUGGCAUCCAAAUCUCGAAGGCAAGCCAGGAUCUCACUUCUUUACUAAGUACCGAAUGAAGGAUGAAACCAACUGGCUAGAAUCUAAGCCUGAGAAAAAUGAAGAUUUCCAGAUCAUUAAGGGAUUGGACCCCGACUCCGUUUAUGAAUUCCGAGUAGUAUCGGCCGAUGGAGACUACACAACGGAAAGUUCCACACAAGAAAUUGACACAAAUGGUGUCGAAGGACCAAUAAAAAUCCGAAAUGAGAACGUUGCAACUGCUGGAUGGUUCAUUGGAAUGAUGCUGGCCAUUGCAUUCCUGUUGCUUCUAUUAAUAAUAAUCUGUAUUAUUAAGCGGAAUCGUGGUGGAAAGUAUGAUGUUCACGAUAGAGAAUUAGCAAAUGGACGACGUGAUUAUCCAGAUGAAGGUGGCUUCCAUGAAUAUUCGCAACCGCUUGAUAACAAAAGUGUUGGUCGACAGUCGGUUGCAUCAAAUCCAAUCAAACCCGGACCUGAGAGCGAUACAGAUUCAAUGGCAGAAUAUGGUGAAGGAGAUACAGGACAAUUCACCGAAGAUGGUUCGUUCAUAGGCCAAUAUGUGCCUGGUAAACUACAACCGCCAGUAAGUCCACAACCAGUUGCACAUAACCAACCAAUACCACAAACUUCAUCUCAAGGCACUAACGCCGUAGCUACUUAUGUCUAAGCUUCUUCGUUAAUGAAUUCAUAUUUUUUAUUCUAUACACAUAAUUCUAUUUACAAGAGAAUCUAUUUUUUAUUUAUUUUAUACUACUUUUCUAUGACGUAACUGAAUUAGUUUCCCACUAGCAGAUUGAAUUUCUAUGAGAAAUAGAUCAAUAAAAAACCUUAAAACUUGAAAUUCUAUGUAUAAAUUAUGAUUUGAAAUCUUUAAUCUUUGUACACUCAAACAUCUGGAUUUUACUCAUUAAAUUUCUGUAGAAACCAUGACAAGCAUUUGGUAUGAAAUUUAAUAGCCUCUUGCUCUUUUCUGAACAACUUACAUAAAACGAUUAUCGAAACGAUUGAAUAUAUGAGAAGAACAUUUCGUUUAAUCGAAACGGUUACACUGACAUGUGCAUUCUACAGCGCAAUAAUUAAAAUAUAUUGAAAGGGCUUUCGGAUAAAAAAACUUGCAUUUCACGAAAAGAAAAUACUUUUCCCGGAAAAGAUUUUCAUUUUUAGUACUAAUUCCUUUUUGGUUUUGUAGCUUCGCUUACAAAAUUCUAGCACGACCCUAUUGACCUUAAUCAUAUCCAAUAGAAUUAGCGAACGAGAAUAACAAAUUGUGUUGUAAAUUUCUUUCAAUAAUGUAUUUAAACAGCUGCGUCAAACUUUAUGUUCACUAUAACUCCGAUUGUUGCCUUUAGUUGAGUUAGAAAUUCCGAAAAUACAAAAUUUUCCUUCUGAACGAAUUAUGCAUGUCCAAAAUUCGGAAAUUUCGUACUGAAAAAUAAAAAAAAAACUAUUAAAAUAAUUUGGCAAACCGAUAAUGAUGAAUUUUAGAGAAAAACAACUAAAUUUUACUACUAAGUAUAAUUUAUAUACAUAUUUUUAAAGCUUUUAAUAUAAUUUUUUUCUAAAAUAUUUUUUUAAAGUCUAGAUGUAAAAUAUUAAGUUCUUUUUAAGUAAAUACAGAGAGAACAGUGUAUAGGAAAUGAGAGCUACUUUCUAAGAGAAAAACAUUGAUGGAACAAUGUAUUCAAUAAUCGAAGAUUAAAUCGACAAUGAAAUGUUAUAAAAUGAGAUAAUUAAACAAAUUUUGUUUAUAAA